AUGGAAGCCAAUAACUACCAAAAAGAUGAGGAUAAGAACCCCAUCUUUGACGAACGCAUAAGAAGAGAUAUUCCCGACAGAGUCAACACCCUGAUCUAUACGAUCAUGAAACACUUCAUAGGAAAACCCAUCAACAUCACAUCUAAGAUUUACGACCAGUUGAGUAACCUUAGAUGUAAAACCCUUAGAGACUAUAGGUGGUAUGAAGAUGUCUUUACCACCAGAGUCAUGCAUAUAAGCGAUUGCAACUCUCCAUUUUGGAAGGAGAAGUUUAUCAAUGGCUUACCCAGAUUAUUUGGCGAAAAGGUCAAAGAAACCCUAUGUAGCCCUUUAGGUGUCAUAGAUUAUGAUAACCUAACCUAUGGAGACAUCUCUAGCACAAUCCGCAGUGAAGGAAUGAAGAUGUGUAGAGAUUUGAAAAUCCAAAGCCAAGCCAGCAAGAGUAAAGCCAAGUUUACCAAAUCAAAAAAGGAAGUUACUGUCCAAGACCUUCAGAAAGAGAUCAAGGAUACCAAGACAGAAGUGAGAAACCUUAAGCAAGAGUUGACCAUCCUUAAGGUAGAUCACAACCUCCUUAAUCAAAGGGUCAGACAAAUAGAAAACACUUCUCAUCAUGGCAAUAAGGAAGGUACCUCAUUUCAGAACCCUUCUGAUGAAGAAGCAGAUGAUACAGUUAACCCUACAGCAGAUAUGGUACAAGAACCAUCCAGUGAGAAGUUCUUAGAAACCAUCAAUAUGAUUAGCUUCCAAAAAUGGCACUCCAAAGUCAGGAUUGUCAUUAGCAAAAAUUUUGAAUUUGAGGUCGUAGCCUUAAUUGAUUCAGCCUUUUGGCAUCGAAGGAGACACGAGGUAGCUCUCCCUUAUGUCAAAGAUUUCCAAGAAAAGAAUAUUCCUACCAAAGCUCGACUUAUCCAAAUGAGCCAAGAACUCAUGGAUACUUGGCGAACUGAAAUAGAGGAUCUUCUUAGAAAAGGAAUCAUCAGAAAAACUAGGUCACCAUGGUCCUAUCCAGCCUCUUAUGUCCAAAAAAAUGCUGAGAUUGAGAGAGGUGUCCCUAGACUUGUCAUCAACUAUAAGCCCCUUAACAAAGUCUUGCAAUGGAUAAGGUAUCCAAUACCUAACAAAAAAGACUUAGUCAAUAGGCUUAGCAAAGCAGUGGUUUUCAAUAAGUUUGAGAUGAAGAGUGGAUUUUGGCAGAUACAAAUCAGAGAGUCUGAUAGGUACAAAACCACCUUCACCACACCAUUUGGCCAUUAUGAAUGGAAUGUAAUGCCUUUUGGUCUCAAAAAUGCACCUUCCGAAUUCCAAAAUAUCAUGAAUGAGAUUUUUAAUCCAUUCUCCAGUCUUGCUAUUGUGUACAUUGAUGAUGUACUCAUCUCUUCAGAAUCCCUGGAUCAACAUUGGAAACGCCUUAGAGCAUUUCUUAAUACCAUCAAGCUCAAUGGUCUUGUUGUUUCAGCUCCAAAGAUCAAACUUUUCCAAACUACUAUCAAGGUCUUAGGCUUUGAUAUAAGACAUGGUGUCAUCAAACCCAUAGAUAGAGCCAUUCAGUUUGCAGACAAGUUUCCAAAUGAAAUCCUAGAUAAAACCCAGCUACAGAGAUUUCUAGGAUCUCUUAACUACAUCUCAGACUUCUAUUAA